AUGGCACGACUGGCUGAACUGCCGAGCGAAGUCCUUCUCCUCAUUAUUGAGAAGUUUUCUCGCCAACGUGAUAUCAGCUCUCUUGCACGAAGCACCAAGAGACUGUACAACCUCUAUCAUCCCUACCUGUGCCGCUACAAUGUUCGCCACGACGGCAGCUCGGCGCUGACUUGGGCGAUUAAAAACGGACAUACCAGACUGCUAGGUCAACUGCAAGAUGGAGGUGCCAGCCUCUUGUCUUUCGAGCCCCAAACCCCGGACCUAUUCAGUGAUGAUCAACUGCAGACUAUAGAGCAACCACUACUCCUAGCCGCGAAAGAAGGCCGCAGAGAGGUUUUGGAACUACUCCUCGCCUGGCCACUGCCACCAACACUGCUACAUGCCGCUUUUCACUGGUUGAUUUAUCACGGACACGCUGAACUUGUGGAGUUGAUGAUCCAGAACAACGUAUCGCUGGACCCCAGGAACACAGCGGGGAGAUCCAUGUCUGCGUUAGGCAAGGCAAUCUCGGCAGAAAGUGUGGCGAUGGCUUCUCGGAUUCUAGACGCAGGUGGCCAGAUACACCCUAGAGAGCUCCCCAAGCCUUGGCUCAUAGCCACCCGUAAUCUACCCAUGCUCGAGCUGUUGCUCAAGCGCGGCAGGCGACCGCUGACCGAGCACCCGGUGUUUUACGCAGCGUCAUAUGACAACGAACCCGCGCUCCAACUCUUCAUCGACUACGGAUUCAAUAUGGCUGUCUAUGGCAACGGAGCACUGUUUGAAGCCAUCGAGGAGGGACUUGCCGGUAUCGUGAAAUUCUUGAUUGAGCACGGCGCGAAUCCCCACUUGAGCGACGCCUACAAGGCAUACAAAUACGGCCCGUUUCCCAAGCGCAGCACCAUUUGGCUUGCCGUGCGUAAACGGCGCCUGGCCGUGCUCAAGAUUCUACUUGAGAAAGGUGUUCAGCCCGACUGUUGUGACUUAACUCUUGCCAAGAAUAUGAAGUUCGGCGAAGCAAUCUCCUUACUGUCAACAUUUUCAUUCGACGGAGUUCGCCAGAGGCAGGACAUAGAAACCUUCGUUAGGGAACAAGAGAUGAGAUUGAGCGAGAAGUUUCCCGAGGUCGAUCUCGACACUUACAUGCCGUUUCUUUUCAAGACUGACCAGUGA